AUGAGUGGUGAUGAAGGUGAAGUUAGAGAUGAAAUUUGCAACAUUGAUGAUGAGAAAAGUAAAACCAUUAGCAAGAAGAAGAUUAAACCAAAUGAGGAAGCUAACGUGGGAGAUGCUGAAACAAGUGACAAAAAGGGCCCUAGUAGAAGUGCUAGAAGGAAAAAGGCUAAGAGACAAUGGAAGCGAGAACUUACUAAAAUUUCACAAAAGCCUGAUAUUGAUACCCAUCUAGAAGGGACAAAUGACCACCCAAAGGGGCGCUUUACUACUGUUGUGGUCACUUCUACAGUCCAAUCAUCUCUAACACCUGAGAAUAUUAUUUUCCAUGUCAUCACUGAUAAGAAAACAUACGUAGGCAUGCACUCAUGGUUUGCCUUAAACCCCAUCUCACCUUCCAUUAUUGAAGUCAAAGGCACCAAUGUUUGUGAUACUGUUAAUCCAAGAUCAUUUGCCUUAAAAUUACAAGCUAGAAUGCCUAAAUACAUAUCCUUGCUCAAUCAUCUUCGCAUAUAUCUCCCAGAGCUAUCUUCAGCUUUUGGGCGGCUUGUAAUUUCAAGUGAUGGAGUCUGGGAUGCUCUUUCCACUGAAUCAGCUCUGGAAUGCAGUUGCGGAUUGGCUCCGGAAUCAGCAACAACACAAAUUGUCAAAGUACGGAAACAAAAAAUGUCAAAUUUGUAA